UGUUAGGAUUCUUCCUGGCAUCCCUUUUUCUUUGGAGACAAAUCGAUCCUUCCUGCUGGGCGUAGGGCAGGCACCUCUCACUGGAGGGUUUUAUGAUCUGUUUCAGGGAAGAAGGGCAAGGUGGGGAGGUGGUCAGGGGGACUUUGCUGCUCCUGCCGUUUCCCCGAACUCCUUCCGCUUAAAAUAGCCACUCUGCCAGGGUGCCAUGUUUUGGGGUGGCAUGUCUUGAACCCCAUCACAUUCAACAGUUAUUUACCGAAUAGCUAUUAUGUGCCAGGUUUUAUUUAGACACAGGGAUACUGCAGUGACCAGAACCAGUCAAAAAUCUUUACUCUCACGGAGUUUACAUUCCAGUGGGGUCAGUUAAUAAACAAACUAGCACAUUAGGAUCAUCACAGGAUAAGUGCUGUGACGAAAAGAAACGGAAUAGCAAAUCCCUAAGAGAAGAUGACUGUGUUCUUUAAAACACUUCGAAAUCAUUGGAAGAAAACUACAGCUGGGAUCUGCCUGCUGACAUGGGGAGGCCACUGGCUCUAUGGAAAACACUGUGAUAACCUACUAAGGAGAGCAGCCUGUCAAGAAGCUCAGGUGUUUGGCGAUCUACUUAUUCCUCCCGACGCACAAGUGAAGAAGGCAACCGUCUUUCUCAAUCCUGCCGCUUGCAAAGGCAAAGCCAGGACUCUAUUUGAAAAAAAUGCUGCCCCGAUUUUACACUUAUCUGGCAUGGAUGUGACUAUCGUUAAGACAGAUUAUGAGGGCCAAGCCAAGAAGCUCCUGGAACUGCUGGAAAACACAGAUGUGAUCGUUGUUGCUGGAGGAGAUGGGACUUUGCAGGAGGUUAUAACUGGAGUUCUUCGAAGAGCAGAUGAGGCUACCUUCAGUAAGAUUCCCAUUGGAUUUAUCCCACUGGGCCAGACCAGUAGUUUGAGUCAGACACUCUUUGCCGAAAGUGGAAACAAAGUCCAACAUAUUACAGAUGCUACACUUGCCAUUGUGAAAGGAGAGACAGUUCCACUUGAUGUCUUACAGAUCAAGGGUGAAAAGGAACAGCCUGUGUUUGCACUGACCGGCCUUCGAUGGGGAUCCUUCCGAGAUGCUGGCGUCUCAGUUAGCAAGUACUGGUAUCUUGGGCCUCUAAAAACCAAAGUAGCCCACUUUUUCAGCACUCUUAAGGAGUGGCCCCAGACUCAUCAAGCCUCUCUCUCAUACACGGGACCUACAGAGCGACCUCCCAGCGGGGCACAAGAGACCCCCCCACGGCCCUCUUUGUACAGGAGAAUAUUACGAAGGCUCGCAUCCUACUGGGUACAGCCGCAGGACGCCCCCCAAGAGGUGAGCCCAGAGGUCUGGAAGGAAGUGCAGCUGUCCACCCUUGAACUGUCCAUCACGACCCGGAACAGUCAGCUUGACCUGGCAAGCAAAGAAGACUUUAUGAACAUCUGCAUGGAACCCAGCACGGUCAGCAAAGGAGACUUCAUAACUAUAGGAAGUAAAAAGGUGAGAGACCCCAAGGUGCGUGCUGACGGCACCGAGUGUCUUCAGGCCAGCCGCUGCACUUUGCUUCUUCCUGAGGGAACGGGGGGCUCCUUCAGCAUUGACAGCGAGGAGUACGAGGCGAUGCCCGUGGAGGUGAAACUGCUCCCCAGGAAACUACAGUUCUUCUGUGACCCUCGGAAGAGGGGGCAGCUGCUGCAAAGCACGGCCCAGUGAGCGGGCCGCAAGUGGGCGCCCGAGACUGCACUUGAGGCUACCCUGGGACCGAAGGGGAACCGAGGCCUCCCUGUCCCUGCGGCGCUGUCAGAGGAUCCCAAGGGCCUGUUCAUGGCAAGUACCCUCCACCCUCCUCUCUAGUGCUUCCCAGCUUUGCAGCCAGCUUCCCAGCAGCGCGUGCUUCGACUCUGCCGUGACAGUCGGUCCCUUCUAAACACUGCUUUUCCUCAGGCUAGUUCCAGGAAAUCCCCACCCUCGAUGGAUGGAGAAGGGCUAGACCUUGUAAGCUCCCCUGAGUGGGAAGCAGGAUCCUGGGCUGAGUGGCUCUUCCUCUCCUGGUGGGCUCUGUGGCCGCCCUGGGAAGUCUAGGGAAGCGCCUGCCUUGUGCCGCCUCGUCCCGUUCCCCGGGCUCCUCCAUGGGUGCUGCUACUUGGUGAGCUCCAAUUCUUAGCGUCUUUCAGUUCUCUCUUUAAUCAAAAACAUACCUGAGGUGUGUCCCUCUUCAGCCAUGGCUGAAAUCCUGUAAAAUACUAGUUUUUUCCCCUGAAGUAGUGCUUCUUAAAUGUUGGUUUGCAUGAGAACCACCUGGGGUGCAUGUUGAAAACUGACUUACUUGGGGCCCAACCCAAAUGUAGUAACUCAGUCUGGGGCCCGGGAAUCUGCAUUUUUAAAAAGGUGUCCACCUUCCCCAGGUGGUUCUACUACAAGAGGUGUCCCCCAAACUGAACAGGACACAGUCUUGUAAAGCAGCGGUCCACACACUAUUCUGCUUAUGUACUUCCUAAAAGUAUUUUGAAAAAUCUUGUAUCCCCUCAGUUUUAAGUUGACAGCUAAAAUUUUUCAUGGGAAGUUAGUUGCCAAAGUAUGUACUUUCUGGUGUCAUGUAAAUAUUGAUAUUUUAAAAUAAAACUGUUACAUCACUGUCUUAAACAUAUUCAGUGUAAUUGAAAUACAUCAUAAUUUAACACUCAUCCUCCAUUUACAAAAAUGAGUAAGUUUUUUGUCAUUGAAAAUGUCGAUUAUCCUUGUAUGUGUAUCUCCAAACCACUUUCAGCAAAUGCUAUCAUAAUGUAAUGUUUUUAUGCUUGAAAUUUUCUUUCCAUUGGACCUAGCUUCUUGCCAACAAAAAAUGUAAGCGGAAGUAACUUUAUUUUAGUUCUUCAAGUGUUAACUCAGUACAGAAUGUUAUAAAUUAUUGAAAUACAACUGAUGAUUAUACAUUUUUGAUAAUUAAAAACCAACAUUUUAUUAGAA